AUGACUUUCAAUCCCUUGGUUGUUAUUCUCAAAGAAAACAAAUUGGUUGAACCAAAUUAUAUUGAUUGGGAAAGGAACUUGGAUAUUGUACUAACUGCAGAGGAGUACAAGUAUGUGCUCACGGAGAUUCGAGAUCAAACUAGAGAGAUUUUGCAGCCAGAUCUUAGGGCUAUUCUACAGCAGGCCCCUUCACUCCCAUCAAGGUAUACUACUCACGAGGAGUUCAAGUAUGUGCUCGUAGAGGUAUGUCCACGGAAACCCGAUGAAGGGGAAACCGAUGAGGAAUCCCAAGCUUACCAGAAGUGGAUUAAAACUAAUGAGAUGAACCUCAAAGAAAUGCUUGGGGAUCAAAAUCGUGCUGCUAGGCGGACUGCUAUGAAGGAACUUAUAAAUACUACUAUAGUAGAAGGGAGCCCAGUAACAGAUCAUGAUCUGAAGAUGAUUAGUCUUCUCAAUAAGCUAGAGAUCCUUGGAGCUGAAAUCGGUGGGGAAACCCAGGUUGAUAUCAUUCUUUAG